AAACACCUUCUUGGCCUGCUCGUUGAAGCAAGGAUGUGGUCUAGCACUGGUUUGUAGAAUGGAGGGAGAAGUGAGUGGUAAGAAUCACACACGUGCUAAAUUGUAUUAAUGACUGUUCUCUGUUGCAGUGAGCUGUGGCAGGGAUAAAAGAAGGGAAGAGGAGAACCAGAGAAGGAGAGCUGAGUACAGAACUCUUGUGCAUAUUUAAAAUAGAAAAGCUGAAAAGCAAGACAAGCGUACUCUCAAAGUUUCCUCUUUCAUGAACCUGCUACACUGCCUAACUGUCUUAUUUCUACACAUCUGGAUUUUGUAACUACCAUAGUUUGUGUAGCUGUACAAUAUACACUACUCACAAAAAGUUAAGGAUAUGUGGGUUUGGGUUAAAUUUAUGGAAAAUGUAAAAAGUUCACGCUACAGUGAUAUUAUAUCAUGAAAGUAGGGCAUUUAAGUAGACGCAUGCAAUGGUGAUUUCCUCAUCUCAAACAAUUUAUUGAAACAAAAGCCAACAACAGUGGUGGGUAUACUACAACAAAAAAUGUCAAUGUCUCAAUAAUUUGUCAUGUGCCCUUGACCAUCAAUUACAGCUUGACAACGAUGUCUCAUGCUGUUCACGAGUCGACUUCUUGUCUGUUGAGGCAUGGCAUCCCACUCUUCCUGAAGGGCGGCCCUCAGGUCAUUGAGGUUCUGGGGUGCAGGGUUACAAGACUCUACACGGGAACUCAGCUGAUCUCAUAGGUUUUCUAUGGGAUUCAGGUCUGGAGAAAGUGCAGACCACUCCAUUUGACGUACCCCAGCCUCCAGCUGCCGUUCCCUAAUGAUGCAACCUCGAUGAGUUGGAGCAUUGUCGUCCAUGAAGAUGAAAUUAGGCCUGUGUUGUUCAUGCAGGGGCACAAUGACUGGAUUAAUGAUGUUAUUCAGGUAGUAUUGGCUUGUCACUGUACCAUUCACAAGAUGUCGGGCAAUUCUGUAUUGAGUAGACACACCUGCCCAGACUGUAACACCACCACAACAGUGGCUGAUGCAUAGCGCUCUCCUUGACAUCUCCAACAUCGUUGGCGGCCAUCAUUUCUGCUCAGUGUGAAUCGAUUUUCAUCAGAGAACAGCAUUGAGGCCCACUGGUCCCUCGUCCAGCUGGCCCAGGCAAGACGAUGACACCUGUGCCUGUGUGGUCAGGUGCCAUUGCAGAUCAUCUAGCACGCAGCCCACGCUGAUGUAAACGGUUUCAAAUGGUCUGACGUGACACUUGGGUGCCUCUCACCUCCCUUAAAUGUGCCUGGAGUUGAGUGGCAUUUAUCAUCCAGUUCCACAGGGCACUGUUCACAAUGAAACGGUCAUCAACGUGGGAUGUGGCCAAAGGACACUGACUCUUCCAGUCUCUCUGUAUCUCUGUCUCAACCUGCUGAUGACACUCUGAGACACUCUAAGCUCUUAGAGUAAGCGGCCACUUCCCUCUGAGAACAUCCUGUUUGAAGCUUCACAAUGGCGAGGUACUGUUGAUCAAUAGUUGGGUGUCCAUUCCAGUGUUUUGUGAUAGCAUUUCUACCGCUUUGUUUUUCCAAAGUUAUAUUUAGUUAUAAAGAAAAAGAGUAGACACAAGACACAACAGUGCUCCCAGAACAUCAUGUAAUACAGUACUGCUGAAUUCUAUCUAAAAGAGCUAGGGCCAAAAAAUUUUAUUCAUCACAUACAAAAUCAUACACAGUACGACAUGUAGUAAAAUGCUUUUUUUUUUUACGACUGUCCCUGUUACAAGAGAAGAAGAAUAGAAUAAAUUUAAAGUGUAUAGACAUAAAAAAAAAUGAUAGGGAUAAAUAAAAUAAAAGCUAACAGAUAAUAUAAAGCUAACAGAGUAAUAAAAAUAUUAAAAAUAUGAUAGAAUAUGCAUAUUAUACACAUUAUGUAUGUAUGUAUGUAUGGAUAGAUAGAUAGAUAGAUAGAUAGAUAGAUAGAUAGAUAGAUAGAUAGAUAGAUAGAUAGAUAGAUAGAUAGAUAGAUAGAUAGGGAAAAAAAAGCAUUUUACCCCCUGCUCAUGGGGUAAAAAAGCAUUAGUAUUAGUAUUAGACUGCAACCAUAAUGUGCUUGCACAGAGCACUGGGACUUACAAAGAACAUAUUACAAUAAAACACUUCUAUGCCUCUCUGUGACACUUCCAGUCUCUCUGUAUCUGUGUCGCAACCUGCUGAUGACACUCUGUGACACUCUAAUCUCAGUGGCCACUUCCUUCUGAGAACAUCCUGUUUGAAGCCUCACAAUGGUGAGGUAAUGUUGAUCAAUAGUUAGGUGUGGUCUUGGUCUCAUGAUGUCAAAAUGUGAACAGCAUGAUGAAGAGGACUGUUUAAAUACCAAUUCUAAUUGAAUCAGAAAAUUUAUUGGUUGAUUCAUGGAUCAAACACCAGUUGUGAAUUUUGCCGUUAAUCAUCUUGUUAGAGAACAGCAAGUUAUACAAAAAGUACUGAAACACUGAACAGUUGGACAUGUGCAUUCAAAAGUGUAGAGAAGGUCAAAUUAAGUUCACCUGUAAAGGUUAUUGUGCAUUUUAGGUGCAUCCUGAAAUUUCACCCGAAAGCCAAAUAUCCUUAACUUUUUGUGAGUAGUGUACAUCAUGCAAUUUUGAGUUUACUUUACACUGAAACAACAGGCUCAAGUGACACAACCUUUUGGCUAGAUUUGAACAUUAGUUUUUUGGUUUUGUCUUAAUUCCAUCUUUUAGUGUAUUGUCUCAGUAUAUUUACAUCAUGCAUGCAUUCACACUGUAAUGCAUCGUUUUAGGUUGUACUUUGUUCCGAUUUUUCAAGUAUUAGUGUCAUCCAUAUGGAUUACAAUUACAUCCCAUUCACCAAUAGGUUUCAGAACUCAGACACUCCAAAACUGAGAGGUGUAGGAUCCUGGUCUAUUUUUUUUUUCUCUUUCUAUAUUCCCCUUAUCACAUCAUCCUCCCAAUAAUGAGUGUGGCAGUUAUCUCUGAACAACUUUAAGAGCAGUCAUGUUCCUUAUGACCACUCCUGUUGGAUAUUAAACACAACUGAGGCAUAUAUGAUUUUAAAUGGACAAUCUAUACACAGAUAGCACUAUUCACAUUAUAUAAUAAAAAAACCCCACUGAUCAAUGGUUAUUGUUAAUUGGCUGGUUUCAGCAAAUCACCAGAACAAUGACAAAAUCCAAACAUUAUCACAUGAACAAAAUUCCUCUUUAUAAGCUUUAAAAAAGGAUGAUCUGGUAGACUGAUUUUUAUAUAUAACUCCUGGAAACUCCUACAAACUCCUACAAACUCCUGCAAAAUGGCACACAACCAGCAAGAGAUAUUUUACAAUCCUGUAAGUAUUUUUAUAUAGUUUUGCUUACUAUAGCAUAAGACAGUCACUUUAUUCUUUGUAAAUGUUUCUAUAUUUAUUUGUAAUUGUGAUAUUUAAAGUUUAUAAUUUCAAUAUUGGGGUGGCAUGUUGCGAUGAUGACACGCCUCUAGAGUGGGACCCAAGGUCAGAAACCAGGGUCUACCACAUAAAAAGGGAACGAAGCCUGCAGCACAUAACCCUUAUGGCACCAAGGGGAUGCCCAUGGGGAUGAAAGCCCGCAUCUCUGAGCCAGAAGAUGAAUGGCCUCAUGUGAAUCAGACCCAAAAGGAUAACAUUGGCUGCUGCCACCGUGAGGCCGAGCACUCUCUGUGCCUCAGCGACAGAGAGGCUUUGGUCUAGCUGAAUAGCAUUCCCUGCUAACAGUAUGGAAGCCAACCGAGCCUGCGCCGCAGUGGAAUCCAAAAUUACCCCCAAGAAGGUGGUUCUCUGAGAAGGAGAAAGUACAUGCUUCUCUGGGUUCAACCUAAGGCCUAGAGCCUCAUAUAAGCAAGCACAGCAUCCCAAUGACUAGCUGCCAUGGCCUACGACUGGGCCAGGACGAGCCAAUCAUACACGAAAUUCAGUACACAGAUGCCCUGAAGGUGCAGCGACGCCAGGGCAGCAUCCAUGCACUUUGUAAAAGUGCUCUAGCCGAAUAGCAUCCAGUGCUAAUAGUAUGGAAGCCACCUGAGCAGGAGAUAGACAUGCCUGCACCACAGUGGAAUCCAAAAGUAAGUAAAUUAAUUUUGGAUAAAGGAAAUUAAGUUCACAGAUGUCAAAUGCAGCAGUGCCAGGGUAGCAUCCAUGCACUUAGUAAAAGUGCACGGCGACAAGGCUAGACCGAAAGUAAGAACCCGAUACUGCUAAGCUUCACCCCCGUAAGCAAACCUGAGAACACUUCCUGUGUUCUGGCCAAAUACAUAUAUGAAAAUAGGCAUCCAUGAGGUCUAUCAUCACAAACCAGUCCUCGGGACUUGAUCUAUGAUGGGAUCAGUUCACAGUGAGCAUCUUGAAUCUGAACAUCGUUAGGGCAGAGUUCAGAGCUCGCAGGCCCAAAAUUGGAUGCAGCCCCAUCUCUUUUGGGACUUCUCUAAAAGCCAGAGUCUUGAUCUGGAAGGGGAACAUGUUCUAUGGCCCCUUUUCUCAGAAGAGAGAGAAGUUCCUCUUGGAGGAACAUAGUUUGGUGUGUGCCGACGAUUGUGGGCAACACUGCCUGAAAUGGAAGAGGACGGGUGGCAAACUGGAUCCUGUGCCCUUACCCUACAGUAUCUAGGACUGACUGAGAUACACCUGGGAGAAGUUUCCACACUGCCAGGCUGCACAAUUAAUUGAUUUUCUAAUCGCAAUUACGAUUACAGAUGCCAUGAUUACGUAAUCAAAGCUGCAAUUACAAAAAAAAAAACUAUGUUAUUCUGCAUGUGUAAGGGGUGUUUAUUGCAUGUUAUAUUGUGAGGGGUGAAUAAAUACUUUUAAUUGUCCAAAUAGUCGGUAGGCGUGUCCUUAUCAACGCCCCGAUUAUCCACUUGUGCAUGUCUAUCUAGUCAUGAUAAUUUUGCGAACAUGUGCGCUGAUAAAGAAACAUCAGAUAGUUUGCAAAGAGUUGCUGAGAAGAAUCAAGAAUUAAAAGCACUAAGACAUUAUAGUCAUGACUUUCUAUUAUUCAACUAAUGCAGUAUUUAAGUUAAAAUACAUACAUGGCUUAGGUGAACAAUGUGCCAGAACAGACUCAAUCAUUUGGCUGUUCUGUCAGCUGAAAAAGGAAUUCUCACCACUAUAAAUACUAAUAUGGUAACUGACCGUUUUACUCAAGUCAAGUCUCGGAGAUACUCUCUGAUGAUUCCGCCCUCAAAAAAAUAGGAUAGAAAAGUCACCAAGAUAAAAAAUAUUUAUAUGUUAUAAAAUAUGCAUGCAGUUGCUUCAAACAAUGGUAUAAAGCUAUUCAAAACACCAUUUAAUGUAAAUUGUGAUAAUCGUAAGUAAUCAUCUCAAUUACAAUUUCAAGGGAAUAAUAGACAAUUAUAAUUUUUGUCAUAAUUGUGCAGCCCUACAACUAGUGCAGCCACUGAACGGCCUAUGGCACGGGCCGUGUGCUUUGUGGCACAGAGCGCAAAAUCUGUGGUUCGACGCAGCUCAGAGAGAGAGCUCAGGAUGCACCAGCUUGGACCGCUGCAAUGUAGGUCUUCCAUCCAAGAGUUCACACCAAUCAAACAGGAGCCACACCUGAGUCCACCUGUUUAAUCAGUUGAUCUUGGCAUUAUACUUAGUUGUAGCUUCUGUUAGGUUGGAAUGGAAACCUGCACCCACACCGGCCCAUUCCUGACAAGAUUGGACACCCCUGUAUGAAAGUAUAGAAGAUGUGAAUUUCAUUUACUCUCAUGAUUGCCUGCAAUAACCAUGUCUUGUAUUCUUCAUCAUUAGUGUGUGCCAUACAGAACCACCAUGUAUGGUGGAAUGUGGGCUGGCAAAAACAUUCAAGGGCUGGUUAAUCCUCAGGCUUCCAGGUGAGACGUUAGACUUAUUCUGCGCCUCUGCAAAUAUUUAUUUAUUUCUACAUAUUUAUCUUUUAUCUUUGAGCUGAAACUGUGUUACCAAGUACCUGCAAAGCCUGAUUGAAAGAAAGCCAGAUUUGAUCUAAAACAAUGAUAUUCUGGUUUUCUGGAUGAGUGGCACUUAGAGGAGCGCUCUGGAGAAAUGCCAUUUGAAAAGGGACAAAUCUUCCAGAUAAUCAUCUCCUGCUGAGCAGUACAACAUGUUUAUCAAUGGUAAUCUCGAGACUACCUUCAAGCACCGCUUCACCAACCUGUGGGAAAUUGAUGCUCUGGAGGUGUCUGGUGACCUGAGGUUGACUGAUCAUAUGCCAUACAAAACCAACAUGAGUAGUGGAUUGUGGGCUGGAAAAAACAUUUCAAUCCAAGGGCUGGUUAAUCCUGAGCCUUACAGAUUCGAGAUUAACUUGCAUCACAAAGAUGGGAUUGCCUUUCACUACAAUCGCUUUGAUGAGAACACGGUUGUUCGCAAUAACAGAACAAUGAAUGAGUGGCGCUUAGAGGAGCGCUCUGGAGAAAUGCCAUUUCAAAAGGGAAAAAUCUUCCAAAUGAUCAUUUCCUGCACUACUGAGCAGUACAACGUGUUUGUCAAUGGUAAUCUCGAGACUACCUACAACCACCACUUCACCAACCUGUGGGAGAUUGAUGUUCUGGAGGUGUCUGGGGACCUGAGCUUGACUGAUUUAUAUGCUUAGCUAAGAAAUUUUAAUUGUAUAUUUUUGUGCGAUAUUU